AUGCCAGCGGACAGUGAGGUGCCUUCUGCGCUGGUGGUGUUCGACUGGGACGAUACCAUCCUGCCCACCGCCGCCCUCGUCGCAGCGAAGCGCAUUGCGCCGGCGCCGGGCCACCCGGGUGAGGCCGCCACCAGCGGAGCCCGGGCCUGCGGGCUGCUCAACGACUGGGAUUUCGACUCCUACCUGGAGGCUUGUGGAGUCGCUGCCCUCCAGGCGUUGCAGAAGGCCAAGCAGUUCGGCAGGGCGAGCCUGUCAGAUUAA